AUGCUGAACUUCUCUCGCUGGUCGCGCGUCCUGGCGCAGACGCGAUCUGCUCGUACACGCGGUGGCGCGGCACGCCCAAUGUCCCAAGAAGACGAGGAUACUUUACUUCAGCAACUGCAGGCACAGUACGACCAGGCAAAAGCGCGUCUAGCCAAGGAAGAAGAGGCUCGACAAGCCUCUGGCUCAAAUGUGAUUAUAAAAAUGCCUAAAGAGUCAGCUACCGCACCAACGAAGCCUUUGGACAAAAGCACCUCGCCUUUAUGGGACGUCUUGACAGAAGAAGAGCACAAGAAACUCGCAACAUUUGGAAUAAAAACAUUGGAGCAACUACAACAAACAGCGCAAGAAGCUGACGGGGACCUCAACAGACCGCCUUACCCACCUGUCCAGAAGUUGCGGCCUAAAUACCGACUUGCAUACGAACUACACGAGUCAAUACCGCGCAGACUUGCGCUAAAGGGGUCAAAACGCAACAGUUGA